GGGACAUAGCAGAAAUUAAGCCGUAGUAGCAACUAUCCCGAUCAACCAGGCCAAACUCAAUCCCUCAAGCACACACAUAUAUAACAACCUCGAACCACUCCUAUCAGUGCCGAAAACUCGAAGACAAACCCCUCCACAAACCAAGAAGAUGUCUACCAUCGAUAACCUCAAAGACCGCACCACCCCCGUCUUCUCGAAAGACGACGUCACCGUGCUUUUCGUGCUCGGCGGCCCCGGCGCCGGGAAGGGCACGCAGUGCGAGCGCCUGGUCGCCAAAUACGGGUUCGCGCACCUGUCGGCCGGCGACCUCCUGCGCGCCGAGCAGAACCGGCCAAACAGCGAAUUCGGCUCUUUGAUCCGGGAGCACAUCCGCAACGGCACGAUCGUGCCGAUGGAAGUAACCAUCGCGCUCCUCGAAUCCUCCAUGCGGUCCAUCCUCUCCUCCAACCCCAACCCCAGCAAGGGCAAGUUCCUCAUCGACGGGUUCCCGCGAAAGCUGGACCAGGCGCUGAAAUUCGAGGAGGCCGUCGUGCCGGCGCGCUUCGUGCUGUUCUACGACUGCCCGGAGGCCGAGAUGGAGCGGCGGCUGAUGGAGCGCGGCAAGACGAGCGGCCGCGAGGACGACAACGCCGACAGCAUCCGCAAGCGCUUCCGCACCUUCGUCGACACCAGCAUGCCCGUCGUCGAGUACUUCGAGGCCCAGGACCGCGUCGUCAAGAUCGAUGCCCGUCCCGAGCCCGACAAGGUCUUCGAGGCCACCCAGGCCGAGCUCGCGAAGCGUCUCGGCGAGAACUUUUAGAUCCGCUUUAUCUCUAUCUCUCUCGAGGUUAGGCGGUUUGGUCUAGGUCGCGUAGCCGUAGAGGGAGGGGAGGGGAGGGAAAGGAAAGGGGAAAUGGAUGAAGGACGAAAGAAUAGGCGUUGCGGAUCUAGAUUUGAAACUUGCUUGUUGUUCACUACAUAGGUAUCUACGAGUAGGUACUUAUUUAGGCCGUACAUAGAGAAGGGGACGCCGAAGAGAAGAAAUAUGAUGACGACGGUCGAUGAAAAAGCUGACGAAUCAACGAUGGAAAUAAUGGGGUUGUAAGUCAAGACGAACGAUCGAGAGUGUGGUUUUGCAUAGUCUACGACGGGCAAGGUAGCGUUUCACAUUCCUAUACGAAUAGAUAGACGAGCAUGAAAA